AUUCUUUCGUACCCUGGGUUCACAUUUGUUAUAACUACACGAACAGAAUAGGCGACGGAAGAAAGACCUACUGCCCGCAUAAUAUUCAGUCUUCAACAUGUCGUACACCAAGAACGUUCACACCUGCCGCGCUGCUGUCGUCGCCGCUUUUCUGUUGGCUGUGGCAUCCAUCGGCCGGAUCGAUGGAUCACCCACUGGAGCGCCACCACAAGCCUGUGCCACCAUGACCCCCGGACAUGGUUUCGAUGCGCAACCCACCAGCUCAUCUCCUUUCAAAACUGAAAUUCCGGCCGGGGAAAAUAUGUUGAUGGACGAGAUUGUGCGACUGGAACUUCGCAAUAGUGUCCCUAACGGAUUAUUGUCGUUCAAAGGCUACCUCGUAAUGGCAUUCGACAAGAACAAUGCCACCCAACCCAUCGGCACCUUCAAACUGCCCAGUAACGGACAGCUGAUAGAUUGCAUUGGUGGUGUGAAGAAUGCUGCUACGCACACAUCUAAUAGUGACAAGCAACUGGCAACAGUCGACUGGGUCCCUCCUAAAAACUUCGUUGGCACAGUUAUUUUCAGGACAACCUUCGUACAGAAUGUGGCGACAUAUUGGGUCAAGACGGAAUCCAUCGCCGUCAACUUCGAGAUGAUGACAGAACCAACGGUUGCUCCAACCGUGCCGAGUUCGGCCUCCCAGCCGGCCGUUAUGUGGGCCGCUUUGGCAUCAGUUGCCUCGUUGCUGGCCUUUGUCACGCUUUAACGAUAAGCUCGUCACAUCACGCGGUGCUGGCGAUAUGGUAUAUCAUAAAGCAUAUGACUUGAAAUGAGUUCAUGAAUUUUUCUAUCUAGCUGAUUUAUAAUAGACUAAAUGGUACACGGACACUCGGUUAUAUAUGUUGUUUCUGCUGUACUCUGGUAUCAUUUCCGUUUUCACUGAAAAUAAAAAACCCCAAAAAAUA